CAUGCUGCUGCCAGGUCCACAGUGUCUGUCAUGGGUCCCUGUACCGGCCUCCCAUUGCUGCUGUCUCCAUCGCCACACUCUGCCAUGUGCCACUUUCAGGUCUCCUCACACUGCUGGUGUGUUCCAUUUUUUUGUCAUAGGGUGCUGGCAGAUUACACGGGCCUACCAUAGCUGCUGCCAGGUCCCCUAAUUCUGCCAUGGGCCCCCUGUACCCGCCUCCUCAUGCUGCUGCCAAGUCCAGAGUCUCUCAUGGGUCCCUGUACGGCCUCCCAUUGCUGCUGUCUCCAUCGCCACACUCUGCCAUGUGCCACUUUCAGGUCUCAUCACAAACUAGCUGGUGUGUUCCAUUUUUUGUC